AUGGACCGAAAAGCAAAACCAGGACCUUCAAAAUUAUCUGCGUUUUUUGACGACGACGAUGAAGAGCCGUCUUCGUUUCCCGUGCGACUGCACAAAGUAGCAGUUGAUGAUGCUAAGCUUUCUCAAUAUGCUGCUGGUACACAUCGUAAAUCUCGUAGAGAAAAAGAGCAGGAAGCAGCGGAGGCCAAAAAACGCGAGGAGGAAGUCAACGCAGCAAAGGCCUAUGCUGAUUUCAUUGACGCGUUUGAAGGAGGCGAUGUUGGCAGGAAGUCUGGUAGUCAGUUUGUCAAGGCAGAGUCUGGCUCGAAGUAUACCCCCGCGCUGAAGGGAUUUUCUGACGAGAAGUCAACGAAAUUCGAGUUGGAUCCUAUUCCUGCUCACAAUGCUCCCAAACCCAAAGGUAAACGGGCGAUGGAUGCAUUCCUUGAAGAAAUCAAAAAAGACCAAGCUGAUCGAGAAGCUAAAUAUUCGCGAAACUCCCAAGGUCGCUCUGUUACUGCUCUUGCUGCAUAUGAGGGCCAAAGUGGGAGUAAAGAUCGCGGGGAUCCCCAGACUUCCAAUGUAUUUGUGGCUAACCUGCCUCCCAAUGUCAGCGAGCAGUCACUAGGGUCAUUUUUUGCACGCGUAGGACCGGUAGGAUCUGUCAAAAUUAUGUGGCCUCGUGGUGAUGGUACUGUCGGGCCUGGUGCUGACAUGACCGCCUCAAGGAGGAGUAAAAAUAGUGGACUGAGUGGUUUCGUAUCAUUCAUGACGAGAAGAGAUGCGGAAGAAGCUUUGAGGGAAUUCGAUGGUCUUGACUGGGGUGGGUCCGUUCUGCGUGUGGGAUGGAGUAAAGCAGUACCCGUCGCUGCUAAACCAAUGUACGUGUCCAAUGAGUCUCGAACUCGAUAUCACAGCCGCAGUCGAAGUCGUAGUCGGAGCCCUGGUCGAGGCUAUCGACGCUCUCAUGAACGGAGUCGUUCAAAUUCUCCGCGGUCCAGAGGACAUUCACCGAGAAGGGAUCAUCAAAUUCUCAGUCCUACCCUUGAAGAAGAAGCAGUCACAGAUGUAUUUAUUCGUGCUGUCGCUGUCGAGGUGAAAGGUCAUGGGCGGAGCUAUGAAGAAAAUUUGCUCAAACGAGAAGCUACCAAUGGUAAAUAUGCAUUUUUGCGAAAGGAUGGCCGGCGGUACAACUUUUAUAGAAACCUUGUCGAAGACGAGCGGUCCAUGUCACCUGAAUUUGAUGAUGAGGGCUAUAAUUCUGUCUACUCGACCGAUUCCGCGGAGGAGUCUGAACGGGAACGGGUACGAAAAACCACAUUGGGUAGGUUAGCGCGGAAGAGGUUCGAAGCUAUGUUACGAGCUCUUUCUGGUAAGCGAGGGGAGAUCGCACGUUGUAUGGCUUUCAGUCUUGAGCAUGCUGAAGCAGCUCACGAGAUAGCCGACAUCAUCGUUGCUUCAUUACUGGUCGAAGGAACACCAGUACCCCACAAAGUAGCUCGUUUGCAUCUAAUAUGCGACAUUUUACACAAUUCUGCUGCCUCUGUGCCCAGUGCAUGGAAAUUUCGGCAAGAAUUCCAAUCUCGACUGGGGAUUGUUUUCGACCAUUUGAGCAACAUUUAUCAUUCUUUCCCCGGACGAAUAACGGCGGAAACGUUCAAGAAGCAGAUUACGACUGUCGUGGAUAUUUGGGAGGACUGGAUUGUCUUCCCGCCUGCAUUUACAUCGGAACUCCGCGUUCGGUUGGAAGGAAUGGCGAUGGAAAACAAAACCGAGACGGUUGAAACAGUAGCAACGGAAGAAGUCAAGGGCGACAGUGCUAAAUUGCCAUCGCGGUUCACAACUAGCACUUUCAAGACAGCGACUGAGCCCGCAUCUGGGGUCGGUGUGGAUGAGGAUCUUGACGGUGCUCCUUUGGACACAGCAACGGAGGGCCGCAUUGAUGGGACCUCCAUGGAUGAUGUGGAUGGGAUACCGAUAGAGGAUGUGGAUGGGACGCCGAUGGAAGAUCUGGACGGGGCGCCAAUGGAAGAGUUGGAUGGAACGCCAAUGGAGGAUGUGGACGGAACACCGAUGGAGGAUGUGGAUGGGGCACCAGUGGACAAUAUGAGCCCGUCGCUGGACGAUUUGGAUGGUGAACCUCUUGUGUAA